AUGUAUAUAUGUUUGUUCCACUCUAAAGAAUUACACGUUUUUAUUUGUUUUUACUUGCAAAAACUUAAAAAAAUCCAAAAUAGCUUUAAAUUAAUUAUUCUUCAGGAAAUGGUUAAUAUUUCAAAAGAUGAUGAUGAAAAAAGACUUAAAAUACAAAAAUGGCCAUCUUGUGCUAAUUUGCAACGUGCAGAAAUUGUUUCGACUAAACCAGCAACUUUGGGAGUGCCUUUAACUCGUUCUUUGUCAAUUUCCGGCCCCUCCACAUUAGCUGAUGCCCUAGGCAUGCAUAUACCUACAUGGGCAUAUUAUUAUUACAAAUCACCUAAUUAUCGAAUUGGUUGGCCUUCAAAAAUGUGGAGAGAACGCUUUAUGUGUGACCGAAUUAUUUACGAUAAGCGUUUCUCUGUGACACCAAUUUAUAAAAAUGUUCCGAUUGCUGUGCCUUAUAACAGAACAAAUUUUUCCAAUGAAAGUCGUGUUGGUUAUUGGUCAUUUGAUUAUGACUAUAUGUAUGAAAUACCCCCAAAACCUUUAUUUAGUGUUUUUGACCCUUUUGAUGGGCCAUACCGUCAUUGGAAUAAAUAUGGUUCAAGGAGAAUGGAUGAGGAAAUAAAUCAAAAAUGUUAUUAUUUUAAUAAAAAACAUUAUUUCGUUUAA